AUGGCCCACAGGGAACUGAAAAGUCAAAAGAAGGGAAACCCAAAGGGAUAUAGCGAGUUCAAGGUUAACGAAUUUCAAUAUCGGUCAGAUCUAAAUGUUGACACAGUUUUUAGCGGUUGGCUUACCGUUACAGAUGAGCACUACAAAUUACCUCAAGUUCAUCCGGAUCAUUACAAAUCGAGUGCCACCUUUAGUGGGUCGGCAAAGAUGGCAGAUUCUGGUACAAAUGAAAAUGGUUUUAUCAAAAUGGUUAGAGAUAUCGGCAGUCAAGAUAGUGGAGAAGGAAGCAACGAUACACCAUCCGAUGUUGAUUCAAAGCAAUUAAAGCAGGUCAGAAAGAAGAACAGAUUCUAUUCUGUUCUCAAGCACGGCAAUCUUUUUUUGUAUCCAGAUGCUUCUGAGAAGAAUGUUCAACACGUGAUUGUGAUGAACAAUUACUUUGUUUCAAUAUGGCCUCAUAAUGUAACGGAAGGACGUCUAUUUACAAAAUCUACUUCCAUAUGCCUCUUGAAGAGGAGCAUUGGUAAGCGUAUGGAUGAUGGUUCCAUUGUUGAAAAGCCUUUCACCGAAAAGGAACUCACAUACUUGUUUCAGCACUCCGGAUCCAACACAGUUGUUCCUGCAGGUACAUAUUUCUUAUAUGCAGAUACAAAUGUUAAAAAGGAGGAUUGGUAUUUUGCUCUUCUCAGGGCCACAUCUCUGGCACAGGCUGAUCAAAAUGAUCAUGAAGAUUUGUUGAAUCCUCGUGUGAGCGCAAAGCCUCUGUUUUUUAAUACGGCAGACAUGAUUGAUCUUAUACAGACAAUUAAUUCGACAGAAAGUCAGGUCACCACUAUGUGGAUCAAUGCAAUCGUUGGUCGGCUUUUCCUUAGUGUAUACCAAACUGCUCAAUUUAAAGCAUUUAUCAGGAUGAAACUUGAAGAAAAGCUUCAGAAGAUACGCACACCCGGAUUUCUUGAUGAAUUACAGGUUGGUCACAUUGAUGUGGGUAAUUCGGCUCCAUUUAUCACUAGCCCAAAACUAAAGCAGCUUCUGCCAGAUGGAACACUCGUGGUGAGCUUUAUUGCAGAUUACUCGGGAGAAAUGUGUGUGGAAAUUUCCACCAAGGUGGUUUUGAAUUUGGGAUCUCACUUCAAAGAGAGGGAGAUUGAUGUUAAUUUGAGGGUUACAUUGAAGCGGCUAUAUGGUCCGAUGAAGGUUUAUGUAAAGCCACCUCCAAGUGAUAGAUUAUGGUACUGUUACGAAAGCAUGCCUAAAAUGGACUUGGACAUAGAGCCGGUUGUGAGUUCCCGAUCGGUUAACUAUAACGUUGUCACUAAUAUGAUUGAGAAAAAGUUUAGGGAGGCCAUUCAGUCCAGUUUGGUGUAUCCAUUUAUGGACGAUUUUGUGUUCUUUAGGCCUGCUGACGAGAUUUUCAGAGGAGGAAUAUGGGAUCCAAGUCCUGUAAAACGAAUUAAACGGCAUGAUCACAAACAGAUGCAAGAUCAGAACACCGAAAAUAAGAUAAAUGAAGGAAAUAAUGAGGAUCGUGUGUCCGUUUUUGAAUCAGUCGAAGAUAAAAUGGUUGAUGAUGCUUCUUCCGCCAGAUUGAAGUUCCCAUCGACAUUGAGAAAUACUCGUCGAAUUACUCCGAAGACAAGCAGUUCUUCAUUCUCUGUCCUGAAUGUUUCCCCAAGACGUUUAAGUAGUAUUUCUACUGCGGAAUACAGUGGAUCACAAGAAGAGAAAAGCGAUCUCAGUAUUGCGGCCACUCAAAUCAAAAAUGGUGUUUCGAAUUCAGUCAGUAAGUUUAAAUCUUGGUAUUCUAAAAAGACUUCUAGUUCGUCUUAUCCCACAAAUGAAGUAAAACUUGCACCUCAGAUGAUUUCCAACAGGAGAAAAAGAGGUUCAAGUGCAUCUUCCUCUCCUAGUAUCAAAUCAAAAGCCUUUGAGCGUCAGUUUGGAGCGUAUCCACCUUCUUCUCCUAGUAUCUCUCGUCCGGAGAUGUUUAUCAGUGAAAGAAUGAGAACAGGUCGUCAAAUGAAUGCUGAUUCUUCAUAUUCUGGUCAGCAAACACAGGGUGUAUCGACUGCUGUUGAGCAGAUAAAGGAUGAAUCCUUAAACAGAAGACUGCCAUCUCUUCCAUCUGAUUCUUCUGAAUCCGUAGAAAGUGAGGGCAUUCACGAUUCCAUAGAAGAAGAGAACCUAGAAAAAAAUUAUAGUGUUGAAGAGGAUCAACAAGACAACGUUGAGCAGACUUCUUCAACAUCAACUUCGAAAUCUUCAACAACCUCGAAAUCAUCGGAGCUCAAUAACGUGGAAAGUUCGUUGUCUGGAAAAGAAUCCGUGCGCUCGGAUAUUCCAAAAAGUCCUGCUGAAAAUGAAAAUGCCAAAGUUAUUCAAGACGAUUCUAAGACAGCAGUUGAAACCACUUCAAACCCACCGGAGUUACCCGUUAGAACCAGAACAUUGUCCCGAAAGCCACCUCCCCAGCUACCACCCCGUUCCAAUUAA